GAUUGGUUGUAACUUGCUGCUGCCAUUGUCUUCUCAUUUUGGCUCAGCUUGGAUGUUUUUUAACAGAGCCUUAACAGUUUGUUUGUCAAAACGCUUACACAUCCAUAAACUGGAGCAGAAAUAGAAUUCUGUUUAUGGAUGGGACUGAACUGUAGCCCAUAUUUUAACACCUCAUACAUUAGGUGUAACACUUCUUUUUCUUCUCCUUCUUCUUCUUUCUAAAGCUGGGGUAGUAGACGCUUCCUCCUCCAAUCCCUAAUCAAUUACCCUUGUAUUAUCUUAUACACUGAGUGAUAAGCAAUGCAGGUGUUUACUUUUUAAAGCCAUGUCAAGGUAUGGUAAAGUGCCAGAGGUUCACUGGUUUCAGAGUUUGGCCCACCAUAUCAAGCAACAGAGAGACUAAUGUCUAGACCCCAGGAGAAUUAUGGAUUUGACUAAUAUGGGUAUGAUACAAUUGCAAAACCCCAAUCACCCCACGGGGCUUCUCCUAAAAGCCAACCAGAUGCGGUUGGCGGGGACGCUCUGUGAUGUGGUGAUCAUGGUGGAUACUCAAGAGUUUCAUGCCCAUAGGACAGUAUUGGCUUGUACCAGUAAGAUGUUUGAAAUCCUCUUCCACCGUAGCAGCCAGCAUUACACAUUGGACUUUUUGUCGCCAAAGACUUUCCAACAGAUUUUGGAGUAUGCUUACACUGCCACUCUGCAGGCCAAGGUGGAAGAUUUGGAUGACCUCCUGUAUGCAGCCGAAAUUCUAGAAAUUGAGUAUUUAGAAGAGCAAUGUCUGAAGAUUCUAGAAACCAUACAAGCUUCAGAAGAGAAUGAUGGAGAUCUAUGUACAAGUGAUAGAGCAGUGGAAGAUGAAGAAGACCGGAAAUCAAGAUUUAUUAAAAAUAUGUUGAACGCAAAGCAUUCCAGUGAGGAAAGUGGUUAUGCCAGCAUGGGCAAUCAGAGCUUGGUGGAUCAAAGUCCAUCGGUGUCAACGUCAUAUGGACUUUCUGGUAUGAGCCCUACUAAGACUGCUGUGGAUAGCCUAAUGACCAUUGGUCAGUCAUUGCUCCAAGGAGCACUGCAACAAAAUGCACUAGACUUGCACUCAAGCAGACUUCAAGGCCUUUCAGAGGUGAAAACUGAAGUUAUGCAGGUUGAUGAAGGCACCAACCAAGAUGGCCUGACUGCAGAAUCGAGUGCAUCUGCAGGAGACAAAUCGGAUGAAAAAGCCAAGGAGAGUCCAGGGACCCCGACCCGUAGUAGUGUCAUCACAAGUGCUCGUGAUCUUUCCUUUGGCCGUGACGAAAAUGCUUCUGAUCAGUCCUUAGAGUUGAGUCAAGGUUUCCACCUUGGACAAGAACAUGCCAUUGCCCAUGCAGAGAAACAUCUUAGUGUGUACUCCGUCCUGCCAAACCAUAAAGGUGAAUCAAUGAUUAGUGUGCCAACAUCUAUGGCUUCUGCUCUUCACAUGCAACCAGCACUGGCUGUAUCAAUGGACUUUAGUGCUUACGGUGGACUUCUUCCCCAAGGCUUCAUUCAGAGAGAGUUGUUUAACAAGCUAGGAGAAAUUGCAGCUGGCAUGAAGAAUGACGCUAGAAACAUUAGUGAGCGAUGCAGCGUGUGUGGAGCAAAUCUUCCAGACAAUGACUCUGUUGAGCAUCACAGGAAGCUGCACAGUGGUAUGAAGACCUAUGGCUGUGAACUCUGUGGGAAGAGGUUUCUGGACAGUUUGCGACUUCGAAUGCAUUUGCUGGCUCAUUCAGCUGGAGCCAAAGCCUUUGUAUGUGAGCAAUGUGGAGCACAAUUCUCUAAGGAAGAUGCAUAUGAAGCUCACCGGAGGACGCACAAUGGUUCAGAUAUGGCUGUAUUCUGUCUACUCUGUGGGAAGCGUUUUCAGACUCAGACUGCUCUCCAGCAGCACAUGGAGGUCCACGCAGGAGUGCGAAGUUACAUUUGCAGUGAGUGCAACAGGACUUUUCCAAGCCAUACCGCACUAAAACGCCACCUUCGCUCUCACACGGGUGACCACCCAUAUGAGUGUGAAUUUUGUGGAAGCUGUUUCCGGGAUGAAAGUACACUGAAGGGUCACAAGCGAAUCCACACGGGAGAAAAACCUUAUGAGUGUAAUGGGUGUGGAAAGAAGUUCAGUCUAAAGCACCAACUGGAAACACAUUACAGAGUUCAUACAGGUGAAAAACCAUUUGAGUGCAAAUUAUGCCACCAGCGCUCACGAGAUUAUUCUGCCAUGAUUAAACAUCUCCGAACCCACAAUGGAGCCUCUCCUUACCAGUGUACCAUAUGCCUGGAAUACUGUCCCAGCCUAUCUGCCAUGCAGAAGCACAUGAAGAGCCACAAACCUGAGGACAUCCCUGCUGACUGGAGAAUUGAAAAGACCUACUUGUACUUGUGCUAUGUUUAAUGGGAAAAGUCAAAACAUUUGUAAGGGAGGUGAUUUUGAAUGUGUUAUUGGGAAGACCGAGCAAUACAAACCUCUAGAAAAAAUGAUCCACUUAAGAGCAAAAAAAUCAAACACAUCCAUCCUUUUUUGGCUUAUAUUUGUGGAAGGCAAAAUCCUUUUUUCUUCGAGACCUGCCAAUCGUGUUUUUUCCCUCCUAAUUUCUGAGUUCUACCGGAUUGCAUAUCCAAUUGCUGAUCUAGAAGAAUGAUCUUUGAAUGUUACAGAUUUUUUUUUCUUCCAAAAUUGGAUAAAAAAUUAAAAGAAAAAUGUAAGAGUGAAAUACUUUUCACUUGCCGGAGCAGUUCUGUACUGGACCAUAGCACAUUUUUGGAUUUCCAAAAAUGUUCUAUGUUGAAACAAUAGAAUUUACACUUAAGAAAAAGUUGUAGGUUUAUUUCACUGAACAUUUCAUCAUCUUGAUACAAGAUUAGAUUUGACCUUAUGAUCUAGAUUCUUUUCAGAUGAGAAUAGUGACCAAACCAGAUGAACUGGAUUGUAUAAAAAAUAUUGUGCUCUAGUAUGGAGCAUAAACUGUAAUACCACUUGGUAUUCACCUGUUUUUGUAGCACUGAAGGAGGUUGAAGCCUCAUAUUUAAGUUUGUCCUGAAUCCACUUAGUUCAGUUUUGGACAUCUAGUUGGUAUGUUUCAUUAGUUCCCGAUCUUCCUUCAAUCCAUCCACCAUUUCUUAACAGUAACAAAAACUUAGUAACUUGCUGUAAUGGCUAGGAAGAUUUUUGAAGCUGAGCACUUUGGAAAGUACUUAAUCUUCAUAACGCAAUGGGCAAUUCCAUUGCUUGGAAGCAACUGGUAAUUCUGGCAACAAGAAUUAAUGAAACAAAACAAAAAGUUGGGCGACGUUACAAUAUUCACUUAAAUGACGUAUGGUCUGAGAGAUCUGUUGCUUUUAAAUGGAUACUUACAAGACCAAACCUUUCGACAUUAGAGCCACUAUUGUAAAUGGAUGUGUUUGGUUCAUUUGUACGUUUCCCAUUUCUCCAUAACAAAAGCAAACAAACCGAAUUUCCAACAUCCUCUUGUGACUCUGCCGUUCUAUUUUCAGAGGCCAAUUAAAUAAUAGGCGCUGCUUCUAUGUACAUAUUCUAAUUGUUUCAUUUUGUUAUGUUUAGCACAUUGUACUUGAAUAUUUUUUUUUUUAUUUUUUUUAUCGACCUCAUGUUUAGUGAUGCCUAACUUGAGGCAUUUUUUUUUUUUUUUUUUUGACACAUUGUAGGAGAAACGUGCCAAAAUGAGAAUGGGCAGGAUGACAGUGUGUCAUUUCUUUUGAACUGUUUUUGUUUUGUACCAAAUAUGGUAUUAAAUUUAGGGUUGACUUGGCCCUUUUGCAUUGCGCUUGGGCUUUUGUUUUUUUGUUUUUUCUUCAUGAAAGCUACCUCUUAACCUGUUGCUGGAAGAGAUACCUACAGCACAUUUCAAAACAAUGCGUUUAGGUCCCUCUUGCAUUGGAUAGGUUAAUUAUGUAAAUUUUUUUUCUAUGCUGUUCCAUGUUAAUCUUAUUUUACGCUUAAUGAAAUUAUGUUCAUCUCAUCCUUUUUGUUUUUGCUCUUUUGUUUUGUGAUUUAAGCUGCAUUUAUAUAAAUAUAAGAGGUGUAGGGGAUUAUUUUGUAGGUAGCCUUACUUGGAAAAAUGGGGAAUAACAGAGGAAAAAUAUUGACCUUUUACUACAAAGAGGGCCAAACAUUUUGGCCCCUAGGUUGUAAAAAGGGGUUAGGAUACUGCUGUUGUCUUCUGCCAUUUUAUUUUAAAAGUUGGAUGGUUAAAAUGGCUCCCCGCGUUAGAGACUUUAUAUUGUAGCUCUCGUAAAUAGGGGAAGGGUGACUGAAGGAUCUGUGGUUUAAACUUGAAUUUGUGAAUAGAAGUUUAGAUGUUUUUUGUUUGUUUUUUUUAUAAUCAUAAUGUGAAGGUGAUGAAAGUAUUAACUCUGUUGGCAGAUAUAAAUAUAUAUUUUUCACAGUAUGUAUUAUUGCUGACUCGUGUUCAAAAGAUGUUAGCCGGCCAAAAUAUCCAAGGCAGAAAUGUAAAGUGUUUUAUGAAUUUCCUCACCAGACACAGGAAACGGGAUUAUAAAAAGUUGUUGUUCCACAAGAACAAACAUAUAAACUUUUUUUUUCCCCCUAUCCCUUUCCUAAGCGGUAUGCUCUGAAUUUUUCCUCCUCAAAAUCAAACUUCACAAAAACAUGGAAUAUUGUUAGAGGAAGGGCAAAUAUACACAGAGUUAUGAUAUUUUUGUAAUAUUUGUUAGUCUUUUUGUCAGUUUUGGGCCUACAUAUUCUGUAUAUCUAUAUAUAUAUUUUUUUUGUAAUGUGAAUCAGACUCUGUGUGUAUGUAUGUGUGCGUAUGUAUACAUGCGUGGUCAAGCUGUACCCUGCGUGUUAUAUUGUAUUGAAAGUCAUACAGUAUUGUGCUUAUUCAGAAACUCUGCUUCUAGCUGGCAUUGGAAUGUAACAUACAGUUUUCCGUACAGGACCCUGACAAAUAUUUAUCAUAGCUGACAAUGUUUUUUAUUUUAUUUUUUUGGGCCUCCCUACUUAUGGCCACGUUUCCAAAAACUGUUUGUGGCACAGUCAUAUAUUUUUAUUUUUUUUAAAUCAGGAACCAGAUGUAACAUGCCAUAAUGGAAAGCUUUAUAUUUCCUACCCUCUUAUGCUAAUUUUUGAGUAAGACCCUGGCAUAUAAAAAGAAAAAUUAUUAACCUCUCUGCAACUUGGAGGUUUGUAAACAAGUCCUUAAAUUACUGUUUUGUCUUUUGUUGAACUUUAGAUAAUUUUGUAUCUCAUCUACCGUUAUGCCGUUUGAGAUGGUUUUUGAAAUUCACUUGCAGAACAAUUGGCUUUUUUUUCCAAAACAUUUUUUGUAUCUUCAAAAAAAAUUUUAAGAGAAUUAAAGUAUUUCCAAAAAUGUGAAAAAUUCCUCAUUUAAUUUUACUUUAAUAACAACUAAUGCAAGAUAUGUGCAGCAAAAGCAAAAAUAUACUGUUAAACGUUUCUCCAAGCAUAACUUUAAUACCUUUUUAAUACCAUUGGACAAAAUUAGAGAUGUGUUGUAAGCGCGGCCACUGUUCAGAAGUCAGUCAUUCCCAUAGCAUUAAAAGAUGCAUUUGGUUCUUGCAUCUUAGAACACAUCACUUUUUGGAGUCAGAUGAGCGUUUUCUGUCUGUUUUUAUAAUGCCAGCUGUAUUGUCAGAGAAGGCUUCUUUCAUUCUUUGUGCCUAAACAUUUUUUUUUUUGUUUUUUUUGUUUUUAUAAAAGUAAAAAAAAAAAAAAAAAAUUGCAGGAAAACUGUGUCCAGCUACCAAACCUAUGUAUUAAUUAAAAAAAAAUCUGCUGCAGUUUAUCACAAUUGUUCUGACUGUAACAGAACAGCAUGUUUUGGAUGGGACAACUGGAGUGGCGUUGUGAGGUUUUUCAAAUUCCAAUAAAGAUUUUUUUGUCCCAGCCAGUGUAUUUACAAACAAAAAACAAAAACUGCAUUGCACUUUGGCAUUUCAUCCAUUAUUUUUUUUAAUUUUCAGCGACUUGCCUUCUAAUGAAAAGUGCAUUUAAAUUGGGUCAACAGCUGAGUAACUGUUUGAGAAGCUGGAGGCAAAAAAAGGAGUACAAAAAAUAAAAAAAAUAGACUGACAUUUUAGGAAAACAAAAAACAAGGAAAACAAAAAACAUUAUUGUAAAAAAAAACACAUUGAACAUGCGCACACAAGUAUAUUACAACAUUUUCCUACAAUAUCGAAAGACGUGAUAUUUUAAACAUUCACUUCUGUCCUCUGUUGUAGACUUUUUUUUUUUUUUUUUUUUUAUAAUUUGAGGUUAGUGCAGUACACAGAAAGGAAAUAAGCUUAUAAACAGGAAAUAUAUCAAAGUACCUCUGACUCUCAUGUAACCACAAGGAUUGCUAAAGUCAUGCUUUUGUUAUAUCAUAACCACUUGGUCAUGAGCACAAGCCCUCAUACCUGGUCAAAAGAAUAUCGGGAAUAUUUCUUGACCUGUGCUUUCAUAAACUCAAAAGUCCUUCUCCUCCAUACAGCCACUCCUGAUGCAGAUUCCAAAGCAGUCAGUCUGUUCUUAUGUUCUUGUUGUACCUCUCAUGUUGUGUUUUGCAUGUACUUUUGUAAGAGGCCUGGAUAAACAGCAAAACUAUCUGUGUGUGAUAUAUGAAAUUACAUAUGUAGCAUUACGGACCAACAGCCCUGAGGGGACCUUGAAAAGUGUGGCUUUUUUUUUUUUUUUUUUUUUUACCUUCCCCAAUUUUUGUAACAUUUUAUUCUGUUUUUUUUUUCUGUAUUUUUUUUUCUGCUAGCCUACAUAUAACAGCACAAGUGCCAGUUGCAAAAGCUGUCAAAAAUAAUAAAGAAUCAAGAAAUUAUAAAUUAUAAUGCUAAUAAUAUUAAAUAAAAUGGAAUAUAGUGUUUAUGAAUGGAUAUUAACCAUUUUUUUUGCUGGUGGGUUUAGCAUUUUGGCAGAUCCUCAAGCAUCAAAGUGGUUAAAUGUUAAGUCUACCUCAGCACCCUUUGCCUAAGUUUAUUGGGUGCCCACUGGUUAUGUUGCCUAAAAUACUUUAUUUUCUUUCUCUUCUUCUUUUUAUUUUUUUUAUUAUUUUAUGUCUCACUCCCUUUUUAUGUUUAGUUUAUGUAUAUUUUUAUUUUUUACCAAAACAGAGGCUCAUAUAAGGUGAUAAAUAGAAGUUAAAGGAAACCUCACAGCCAGUUCCCCCGCACUAAACCAAGUACACCUUCACCUGAUGUCAAUUUCCCUUUAAAGCCUGAUUUAAAGUUGCUGUAUAGUAACCUCACAUAUGGCUUAGCUGGUGGUAUAGCAUAAAUUGGAUCUUCAAAUGUUUGCUUUCAUUAGACCUAGCAACGCCAAUAUGGUGUUAGUUGCUGGGAGUUAUUGCAAUAUUGUUAUACAUGCAUCAACAUAUUUUUUUUUUAUUAUUACUUUUAUUAACUAUAAAUGCCCAACCCAUCUGGUCUUAAGUGAUAUAACCCUUUGCUUUCCUAUGUUAACCAUUAAUCCAUGCUUGGCUGUUUUGACUGUGUUAGCUGAACUUUGUAGAGGUGGCCUUUACCAGAUGAGAUGAGUGGGCUGCGAUAGUGGUGGUGGGGGGGGGGGGGGUAGAACCACAACUCUGUCCAAUAGGUCUGAAGGAUCUUAUCAGCAGUAUAGGAACUACCACAUGCUGACACUUGUAUGCUGCCUUGACACCAAUACACAACUCAAUUAAAACAGUCCUAUAGCACUGUGGAUCCAUCAUCAUCUACACUCAUCAGUGGGGAGUAUAUACAUUUCAUUAUAGAGCAACUAUGCAUUUGUAUUUGAACAAUUUAGUUUUUUCCCCCUCAUUGACAUAAGUAUACAAAAAAAAAAACCUCUCCUACCUCAGUCCUCUGGAGCUCUCACUGUGGCAUAAUCGUGUACCCUGCAGCUUCUCUCCCCUCACAGCAGUAAGGGCCCGCUCAGCCAAUCACAAUUGGGCAGGACACUGCAGCAGAAUGAUUGAGUGGGCCUUCACUGCUGUGUCUGAAGUAGCAAAAGCUGCAGAGGACCACAUGAACCCCCAGUGGGAGCUUCAGAGCACUGAGGUAAGUAGAUGUGUUUUAUUUUUUAUUAAAUUUUUUAUUUUCAUGACAACCCCUAGUGCCGGAUAACCCCUUAAAGUUAAUGUAAUAUUUCAAUUUCAAACAUUCACACAUAUCGAUCGGGUCUUAUUAUUUAACAAAAAUUAAAACUGCACUAUGGUUAAAAGGUAUUUAAGGCUAGGUAGACAUGGCAGAAAUUGUGCGGAAUGUCUGCCCGGAAAACACUCUGCUUGUUCUUCAGGCACUAGGACUGCUUUGAAAUUCUGCCAUGUGAACAUGGCCUUAAGGUUCUAAAGAAUCAACUUUUACCAUUUGAGUGGAAACUUUAGAAUCAAGGAAACCCAAGAAUAGAUCAUUCAGCCAUCAUUUUGGGGAUCAUAAAUUUUUUUUUUUCAAUAUAGCCUUUUCAUAGGAUAUCCAAAGUGUGUUAAAUAUGACAUACUUUAGGGUAACACUUUAUUCCUGUGUGAAACAUUUUAUAUACCUUAUUGAGCUUCUGCUUUUGUAAAUUUGUGUUGCUUUUGUUAACCUGUUUGCCAAAUGUUUUUCUUUAUUGUUUUGCUGAGCAGACGCCGUAAUCUCCAGAGGGCAUAGCUACAUUACUGACUCUUUCCCUCUCCGUGCCACUUUCUCUAUCCAUUCUGUGUAGACAAGUAUCUCUUUGUAACUACAGUGUGUCUCUCCUUUGUUUUUCUGCUUUGUUUUUUUUUUUUCCCCUUUUGGCGGAGAAAAAAAAAUUUGAAUAAAAUGCUGCAGGAUUUUUUUUUCUCUCUACAUUGUCACUAAGUGAAGUUUGUGCCUUGUAUAGCAAAGAAAAUAUUUUUUACAUCCUACUAACAGUAAAUAAAUUUUUUUGUAGUGAACAUUUUUUGUAUUUUUAUUUAUAAGUCUCAUAAAAAAAACAAAAAAUAGCAAAUGUUUGGUUGUAUACCUUAAAUCUGCAGUUAGAAUAAAGUUAAUUCCAUUGUCA